AUGGCUUCUGUUGAGGAAAAGCUCGAACCGGGCGGCUUUGUCGGUCGUCCCAAUGUUUUUGAAGGGAUGAAUUUACUGAAAGAAAUGAAUGAUCACACUGCACAGGUUGCGGUUUCCACUAAUCGAACAGCAACUGCACAUAUACCAAACUAUCCGAAUCUCUCCUCUCAAUUGCUAUGUCAAGUUCACAAUGUUACACUUCAUGCAGACAAAGAAACAGAUGAGAUCUAUGCUCAAAUGAGCCUCCAGCCUGUUAAUUCUGAAAAAGACAUGAUUUCUGUACCUGGCUUUGGACUGAAACCCAGUAAACACCCAACCGAGUUUUUCUGCAAAACUAUGACAGCUAGCGACACGAGUACGCAUGGCGGCUUCUCAGUUCCUAGAAGAGCUGCAGAAAAGCUCUUCCCACAAUUAGAUUACUCUAUGCAACCUCCUACUCAAGAACUCGUUGUUCGGGAUUUGCAUGGUAACACCUGGACUUUUCGUCAUAUAUACAGAGGGCAGCCUAAGCGUCAUUUGCUCACAACCGGUUGGAGUAUGUUUGUUGGUUCAAAGCGGCUUAGAGCUGGCGAUUCAGUACUUUUUAUUAGGGAUGAAAAGUCGCAAUUACUGUUGGGAGUUAGACGUGUUAACCGCCAGCAAACAAAUUUACCGUCUUCAGUUCUGUCGGCCGACAGCAUGCACAUAGGAAUUCUUGCUGCUGCUGCUCAUGCUGCCUCUAAUAGAAGCCCUUUUACUAUCUUUUACAAUCCAAGGGCAUGUCCUUCAGACUUUGUUGUACCGUUUGACAAGUAUCAAAAGGCUGUUUAUAGCACUCAGCUCUCGAUCGGUAUGAGGUUAGGCAUGAUGUUCGAAACUGAAGAAUCCACUAAAAGGAGGUAUAUGGGGACGAUCACCGGCAUAAGUGACUUAGAUCCACUGAGAUGGCCUAAUUCAAAGUGGCGUAGUCUUCAGGUGGAGUGGGAUGAACCGGGCUGUGGUGACAGGCGAAACAGAGUCAGUCCGUGGGAAAUCGAGACGCCCGAGAGCAUCUUCGUAUUCCCAUCUCUAUCUACCAACCUCAAACGUUCCUUUCACUCUGCAUUCACCGGAGAACAAACAGAAUGGGAGACUCUGAUAAACCGACCACCUUUCCUCCGAAUUCCCGAAAAUGCCCUUCCGGAUAUUCAGUGCCCCCCGAUAUCAACAUGCCUAUGGUCAGACCAGCUGGUGAAGAUGCUCAUGAAACAACGAGUCGAGUCGAGCCCGUUUCAUUUAAACGAAGAAAAAGCACCCGUGAAGAAGCUCAUAAAUCCACAAAACCUUGUGAACGAGUUUUCUUCCGUGGGGCACCCCACUGCAUGGGACAUGCACCCUCGAGCAGACCCGCUUGUAGGACAGGAACCGUGGGACCCGCAUGUUAACGGCGGGAUUAAUCCGGACAUUUUCAACUUUCAGUACAGCUCAUGUGAUCUAAAGGACCUGCCGGUCGAGAACAAUAAUAAUCAGAGUGGGGACAUAUUAUACGGCUGUCUGAAUCUUGACGGGAGUAACAGCGGGAGCACUGUGAUCGACCUCUCGGUUUCCAGCACAGUUUUCGAGGAUUUUGCCAAUAUGAAGGGUGUCGAUUUUCAAAACCCGUCCGAUUAUCUCGUGAGUAACAUGUGCUCGACCCAAGACGUGCAGUCCCAGAUCACGUCGGCCGCCAGCCUGGCGGAUUCCCAUAAUUUCUCGAUACACGAAUAUGCUGCGGACAACUCGGGCGGGGCUUCCUCGAGUAAUGUGGAUUUCGAGGAUAACGCUAUCUUGCAGCAGCAUUGCUCGUGGAAGAAGGUGACUCGGAGGUUACGUACUUAUACUAAGAUUCAAAAGGCUGGAUCUGUUGGAAGGUCCAUUGAUGUCUCGAGUUUUGGAAAUUACGAUGAUCUGUGUUCGGAAAUUGAGCGCAUGUUUGGUCUGGAGGGACUUCUCAAUGACUUGAGCUCCGGGUGGAAGCUCGUGUACGUGGAUUUCGAAAAUGAUGUUCUUCUCGUUGGGGAUGAUCCUUGGGAGGAAUUUGUGGGUUGUGUGAAGUGCAUACGAAUUUUAUCGCCAUUGGAAGUUCAGCAGAUGGGGGAAGAGGGGAUGAGGCUUUUAAACUCCGUUCAAGUUAUUAAUAACGGCUUAAUCUCGGAAGUUGGCUGCAUUUGA